GAAUCUUAUCCAGAUGUAAAAAAAAAAGCAAGAUUAAAGUUUAAGUUAAUGAAAAACCGAACCUUACAAUAUUUAACAAACAGCCCCUACACACUACUAGGAAGACUUAGUGUCUUUAAAUAGAGGUAAAUUGCAAAACAAACUUGUGGAGUCCUUAGUGCUCUCUCAGCUUGAUUGUUUGCUCAGGUGUGCACUGAAGAUAUUACUUAGUUGAGGUAACAAAACAUCCAAACUCAGAGAGCACCAAGAACUCCAUAUAUUCUCUUCUAUUGGAAUUUUUUUUGGCUAGGAAACAUGACACUUCUGUGCAGAGAUAAAGCAGCUGUUCAAUUCCAAUUAAUUAGGCCUGCACAUAUCAUUAGGAUAUGUGACAUGCUAGUUGCAUGUCUUACUGCAGAUAUCGAUAAAACUGAGUAUUGAUGCAUUCCAACUCUGUGAUCAAAUAACUUUCAGCAUUGCAGCUUUCGAAGCAAUGAUUGAACCAUUCAGACUUCAUGAAGAUGAUAAAGAGCAAGAUGUUGCAGACAAAAUGAAGGAAGAUGAACCUUGGAGAAUCACAGAUAACGAAAUUGAGCUAUAUAAAACCAAGAGUUACCGUCAGAUUAGAUUAAAUGAAUUACUGAAAGAACAUUCAAGCACAGCUAAUCUAAUCGUUAUGAGUUUACCAGUUGCACGAAAAAGUGCUGUAUCGAGUGCAUUGUACAUGGCCUGGAUAGAAGCUCUUUCAAAAGACCUACCACCCAUUCUCCUUGUCCGUGGAAAUCAUCAAAGUGUUCUUACCUUCUAUUCAUAAACUCUCUUGUGCAAAAAUGCAACGGGGAAGAAAUGGUACUUCAGUGCCUAGAGGAAAGGGUCUGGGACGUACGAUUAAAAUGUUAACCUCACACAGAGGCAGAAAGUGAUAACUUUCUCACUAUUCCCCUGACUCAAAAGCACAUAAGGAAAGUCACUAUACUCCUAAAUUGUGGAAGUUCCAUUUUUGUCUAAUUCUUCUGUAAGUUAAUCUUGCUAAAUGGGGAUUCCUUAGUAAAGAAUAAACAGGUUUUUCUUUGCUACUUGAAAGGCAGCAAUAAAAGUGUUUAUUUUUGAUCAAUGAAAGGGUUAUAGAUUUAUAAAAACAUUUUAGCCUUGAGGUGCCUUCUGAAGUUAACCAAAUUUCAUCCAUAUAUUGUUUUGUAAAUUUAUGAAGUCAGUCUGCCAUUGGUUAAAACUUUAGAUCAAACUUCCUCUAGUUUCUAGACUCUUCCAUCUUACAAUAAUAAAGAUGCUGCAUUCUGGUCUUCCAUGAAGGUAUUAGUUUGGAUUGUUAUAUGUUUCUUAUUGUUUGGAAUGGGGAGUUGUGUGUCCGGUCUGUGUAUGUGUCUGUUUAAGAAACUGGUUAGUCCUAAAAGAGGUAAGUGGGAUGACUUGGUUAUGAUAAAAGUCAAAUUCAUGCAGUUAGCAUUGAGGACUUUGUAAAGUUUAAUUUUUACUACUGAAAGAUGUACUAAUUGGGAGCGACUAACGUUUUCCAGUUCCAUCCCGUCCUUCGUGUUCCUUGGACUCCUAUGAUGGAAGAUUAACCCGACAGAUUUUAUUGUGCAGUUCUGUUAUCAAAGGAUGCUUUUGUCACAGGUUGCCAUCAGUGUUGGGGCUGAUUCAGUGUGUGCCCUUUUAGGGGGACCAUAUCGAUAAAAAGUAGUUCUGUGGGACCAGGUUUUGUCCAAGGCAUCCAAGGACAGUUUAUUUAAAAUCUGCUAAAACUCUUGCUAAACACUCAGGUUUGGUUCUCUUGAGCUUGAUUUUUAAUUUGAUAAGGUGGUGUAUUCAAGAAUUACCCAUUUGUGUGCCCUCUGUUUCUGGAAGGGUAUAUAUUUCAAUUGCUUUAUAUUUUUUUAUUCUAUAAACUGCUUCCUGAAGAAACUCUUGAGGCUUUAUCCGAUACUUGGUAAUAACAUUUAUACCUGUUACCUGUUAGUUGCCUAAAAAUAUGUUUCAACUUUUGACUUUAAUACAGAGCGCCAUGUUAGAUCAAAAAUCUAUAAUUUCAGAGUUUCUAAGUGAACACAUAGCAUAUAAAAACACAACUUUCUUGCUAAGUGAAAUCAAAAUCUAUGAACAAAUUGUUUCAGGAGAUCUGGUUAAUGGGACAACGGGAUUCUUGCAUAUUGUAAUUACUUUCAAUAACCUACUGCUCUAAUGCUGAUUGUUUUGUUUUUUCCAGAAGUGCAAUACACGUUGGCUGCCAGAUAGAGUAAUUCAUUGUCAGGAUAUAUUUUUCAAAGGAAAUUGGAAGUUUAUAAUAAAAUAGUUUAUUGUUACUUUUUUUAAAAAAAAUCACAUUGGAAAUAGAGUGUUGAUUACUACCAGAUUGGUUGAUUGUUGCUGUGAUGAAAGAAGAUGUAAAAUUACUCAGUGAGAUUGAAUUUUCUUUCCUUUCUCUUGUUAAGUGCAGACUUGGAGUAGGAUAGAAAACAGCAUCACUCAUCUGGAAGAAAUGCACUUGGACAGUUAGCAGUUUGGCCCAUCCAGGGCAGCCAUUAUUUGUGAUGUGCAAAAGAAAGGAAUUGCAUUUCUGUCAGUGUGUGGUGGCUGAAAUAAUUAUUUUAACAUUUGGAUCUAUUGAUGGAUACCAAAUGUAGUCUGUGACUUAAAAGUUCUUUAUCCAACGAUAAUUUCCAAUAUUAGAAAUGCAAAAUGCCAAAUCCUGAUUAUAACAUUAUUAAAACUCUCUAGGUAAUAUAUACUAUUAACUUGUUAGCAAAUUUAGCCAUUCCAGUUUCUAUUUACUAUAAAUUUAAAUUUCUUUUGGGCGCUUUUUAAAAUUUUCAAUCAGUAAUAACUUGAAAUAGUUUUCCAUCGACACUCAGCAAUAUCAUUUUUAUAAAUUUAUUUUGUGAAAUUCGGAAGUGUUUAGGAAAUAGUUGAAGAAAUUGAUUAUUUAUUGUUUCAUUAUGUUUGUCUUUCCUUUUUACACAAUUAUUUUAUAUGCUAUUUUGUUUAUUUAAAAAUGAACUACAGUCUUAAUUUAAAGCUUGAGCUUUGGUUGGUACUAUCCACUGUCCAAAAAUGUUAUGUCAUAUUUUGAUAAUGUAUUGUAACUGUUAUCUACAGUUAUGACUUUUCUAAUGUUUUAACGAAGUUGAGUAUUGCAGCUACUAUACUGUACUGAAGAAGGAUCACUGCAAUAAAUGGAAGUGAAUUAAA